AGAAUUGUCAGUUCUUGAAGAGUUUGCGUAUUAAUUUGAUAUUUCCAUGAAUAAUUUCUGACGCAACAAAAGUAAAUUACAGUUGGUAAAUGCUAUGAAGAUGAUCCAAUGGUGUCCAAAGUCUGUUUGGAUUCUUCCUUCGCUGAGUUUCUUUCCGUCCACUUCUGGAAAAGGGGAAAUCAAAUAAAGUUUAAAGGUGAGGUUUGAAUUGAUUGGAGCUUCUUCAAUUGUUUAACAAUGGCUUUCUGGCCAUCUUUAUUAGAGUUACUGUGUGCUCAGUCUGUUGCGAAGAGAUAAUGAAUCCUUUUUCUUUAUGACUCUGAAAAAUCUUUUCCAGAAAGUUUUUGGGGGUGAAGAUCACAUAAUCAGCUGAAAUCAACUACCUGUUCUUUAAUCUCAAAGCUAUAUUGAUAAUCGGAGCCUGUGCUUCCUCUUUCUCUCUCUCUCUCCGUCUGUGUGCGUGUGUUUAUUGGGCAAGAUUUACGAGUAGAGUUGUGAAUCUGAAUAGAAUACACCUAGCGGAAGUGAAGUAUAUUAUUGUUGCAUUAUUAUCUGUAGGUGACUCUGGGAUGGCAUUUAUGGCGGUUCAGAAUAAGAGGUAGAAUCAUCGCUCGUGAUUAGCGGUGAGAUUUAAUUGAGCGUUAAAUUGGCGAACUCUGUUGAUUUGAGGUUUUACUGGAAGUUGCUCAACUUUGAUCUCUUGUGGUGGUUGUGGCUCGUUGAAGACGAUGGAGUUGCAAAUGUAACUUCAAAAUCCACGGUCAGUUUUGUUUGUUUCCACAUUAUCAGGCGGCGAUGGAAGUUCAAGCUCACCGGCGGUAUCUGCUAGUUGUAGCUUUGUUGUUGUUAUUAAUUCAGUGCGGUUUAGGUCAGGGGGAAUCGUUGAACUCCAGUAUGGAGUGGACGGCGUUACUCGAUCUCCGAUCAUCGUUAGGGCUAAGAGGCAAAGAUUGGCCAAUAAAAGCCAAUCCCUGUUCCGCUUGGAUGGGAAUUAAGUGCAAAGCCGGUCGAGUUGUUGGGAUCACUGUGUCAGGUCUGCGGCGAACUCAGAGUGGGCAGCUCAGCCCUCGUUUCGCCGUCGAUGCGCUCGCUAAUUUUACCUCCUUGGUUUCGUUCAAUGCGUCUGGUUUUUUGCUUCCUGGCUCCAUUCCGGACUGGUUUGGUCAGUCGCUCGUUGCUCUCCAAGUGCUUGAUCUGCGCUCUUCUUCGAUCGUUGGCCCAAUACCUACCUCUAUUGGCGAUUUAAGUAAGCUCACUGAUCUUUAUUUAUCUGGUAAUAGUCUUACUGGUUCUAUGCCUUCGGCAAUAGGACAGUUAUCUCAGCUAUCUGUUCUUGAUCUCUCGAGAAAUUUGCUUACUGGCUCAAUACCUCCCAUUCUUUCAUCUCUUCACAAUCUUAUACGCCUUGAACUUGCCUCGAAUUUUUUAAGUGGACCUAUCCCACCCAGUUUAGGCACUCUUACUAAACUGCAAUUGUUGGAUCUUUCGGACAAUAGUUUAACGUCCUCUGUACCAAGUGAAUUAGGUAACCUUUCAGAACUACUGCUGCUUGAUCUCGGCAAGAAUUCACUGACCGGUGCACUACCUGUGAAUUUGAGGGGGCUAAGGAAUUUGGAAAAGAUGUAUAUUGGAGACAAUGGCUUGGAGGGCCCUUUGCCAGAUGAUUUGUUUCGAAGCCUUUCUCAGUUGGAAAUUUUGGUUUUGAGAGGUAAUAAACUUGAUGGUCGUCUGCAUCAUGGCUUGCUAUCUCACCCCAAAUUGAGGUUUUUUGACGCAUCCAACAACAACUUUACGGGUAGCUUGCCAAGUUUUGUUCCAAACAGUAUGGCUGCGUUCAACUUUUCAAAUAAUUUUCUGUAUGGUCAUCUAAAUCUACCGCUGGAAUUGCAUGGAUCAAUCGAUUUAUCUGGGAACUAUUUCCAGGGUGUUGUACUCAACAAGAGUCAUAAUGCUAUCCUCAGUGGAAACUGCCUGGAUAUGGAGCCAGAUCAAAGAGAUUUCGAGGCUUGUAGCCUCUUCUACUCUGAGAGAACCUUAACUUUUGAAGGUUUUGGAAAGGGAAAUUCAGACAAACUAGACCUUCGUCAUGAUGAAAACAAUCGCUUGAAGUUCAUAAUGGUGGGACUAUUUGGUGGAUUGGGCUUUGUUGUUAUGUUUGUGAUUAUCCUCGUAGUUCUCUUGAAAUUUUCUGGUGAAGGGAAAGUAAAUAAAAGAGGAAAAGCAAAUGUAGGCCCUGUCCCAGAUGGACACGGCCCUUCACUUCCAAAGGAUCCAGUCUACUUUGCUGGUCUGGGAGAUUCAUUUACUUAUGAGCAGUUGCUCCACGGUACUGGGAAUUUCUGCAAAGACAAUCUUAUAAAACAGGGUCACUCUGGAGAUCUUUACAAGGGGUUCCUGGAGGGUGGCCUUCCUGUAGUGAUUAAAAAGGUAAAUAUGCAGUAUUUGAAGAAUGAAAGGUACUCUGUGGAACUAGACUUUUUCAGCAAAGUGUCGCAUAUGAGGUUCGUUCCAUUCUUGGGGCACUGCUUUGAGCGCGAGGAUGAGAAGCUUUUGGUGUACAAGUGUAUGCCAAAUGGGGACUUGGGUAAUUGCUUGCAGAGUGUUUCCAGUUCAGAAGAUGACAAUGUUCAGUCCCUGGAUUGGAUUAUCAGAUUGAAAAUAGCAAUAGGAGCUGCCGAGGCCCUGUCUUACCUGCAUCAUGAAUGUAGCCCUCCUCUCGUCCACAGAGAUAUUCAAGCAAGCAGUAUCCUCCUUGAUGACAAAUUCGAAGUGCGUCUUGGAAGCUUGAGUGAGGCCUGUGUUGUAGAUGGGGAUCAGCACCAAAAUGCCUUCACGAGAUUGCGGAGAAAGCCACAAAGCUCCGAACAAUGCUCUUCUGGCUCCUCACCAGCAUCCUGUUCGCAGGACGUUCACUGUUUUGGUAAAGUAUUGUUAGAACUUGUGACGGGAAAACUUAGUAUCAGCAAAGCAGAAGAAGAUGCUACAACAAAGGAGUGGUUGGAACACACCUUAUCUAACAUAAGUAUCCAUGAUAAGGAGCUCGUAACACAGAUAGUCGAUCCAUCGUUGAUGAUAGAUGACGAUCUAUUGGAAGAGGUAUGGGCGAUGGCGAUCAUUGCCAAGUCGUGCCUGAACCCCAAACCAUCUAGACGACCCCUCAUGAGAUACAUCCUUAAGGCAUUGGAAAAUCCUUUGAAAGUAGUCAGGGAAGAACUCUCUAGCUCCGGCAGGCUGCGCACAACUUCAUCAAGAAGAUCUUGGAGUUCUGCUUUUCAUGGUAGCUGGAGGCGCAGCUCAUCAGAUGUAAAUAGAGAAAACGGCAGUGGCUCUAAACAACCAGGAAGAUUAAGCUCCCAUGGCAGCUGUGGAUAUGAUUUCUCAUCUUCAAAUAAAAGGAUAUCCAAUGAAAUUGUCCCCGAACCAGAGGAGUUUGGAGACGUCGAGAGGCAAGAUUGAACAUUUGCACUAAGUUUCAAGUUCCCGAUCAAGACUACUGUAACUUGUGUAUCAAUGCUGAGUCGAGAACAGACUCUUAUUCUCGGAUCGUUUUUAACUUAAUUGCUGCGCAUCAGAUUGAAGAUAACAUUGGCAAUCAUUCCUAGAGGAGAAUGCUGCUGCUCCAAGAGAAACCUCUUUGGUUGAGAAUGUGAAAGCUCGAGUUCUCUUUUUUUUUUUUUUAAUAAAUUCUUAAAUGCCUAUUGGACUUCUUGAGUUACCUGUGUUAGUUUAUGCCAAUAGAACACGACUGCCAGGUUGAGAUGUUCGUCUUGUGUACAUAUAGGUGAUUGGAACCGUAUAUGUGAAGUGUCAUGGUCUAUCGAUUGAGAUGUAUUUGUAAGAACAUAUUUUUCACAUGAAGCCACCUCUAAUAGUAAGGUACAUAAAAAGUUUUAGUUUUUAUUGUUUA